AUGUCUUUAACGAUUAUAGACCCUGUUCCUACAUCAAAAUACUAUGGAGCAUGCGCAAUUACGCUUUUCGAUCGCAAUAAUGAGCCCAAGGCAGUAAUUGAUGCGCGUGAGAAUACCCAGACGGUUUUGAAAAUUAAUAACGACAACGUUAUUCUUGAAAUCGACGAAGGGUCCGCCUUGCAACAGAUCGCAUCCGACUGGUCUGUGGGAUUCCUAUAUCCUGGAUUCGGUAACGGAAUCAUGUCAAAAUCUCCAUGGCAUGCUCCCAAAAAACAGGCUCUUCAGGAAUUGAAGCCGUCGGUAACGACAGGUUUGGCAAAAUCGAUCAUCUUGGCCGAGCUCGGUUGCCCUUCGGUUUUCCUAACCCAGGUCUCAACUGAAGAGCUGAAGACGCUGCAGACAUGCCGUUAA